AGCGCCAUUUUGAUGUCUGAAGUGGACAGUUCCACAGAUUCCGGCGUGGACAGUGCGCUUCCGUCACCAGAAAUCAUGACGAAGACUACACCCCGUCCCAAGAAACCGAAAGGGAGGGCCAAUCUUCCUAUCUCUAUUGGGAAGGAACACCAGAUCAUCCAGGCGGCUGUCCAGGCUGCUCUGACGGCUGUCAAGGACUUCAAAAACAAACACAAAUCAGAAAGUGACGUCUGUGUUGAAAGGUGUGUGAGUUUCGCAACAGAUACUUUACCAAGUUUUCGUGUUGAGACUAUUGAAUUUGACACUUGGGAAGAUUACGAAACUGCAACGAGCUCUCGUAGAGUUGAUAAACGGAUUAAAGAGAGGGAAGAGUUCCACGAGAUUCACGAUCUCUGCGAAACUGGGCGAGGGUUCAAGGAAAAUGUACUAAGUUGCUAUGGGAAACUUCACAAGGCAGCUUUUGGGCAUUUGUAUAAGUAUUGUCUAAGUUUCUCUGAAGUUGUUGAUCCAGAGGUAGACAUUUCCAUCGCAAAGAAAUAUGACGAUCUGAUCUUUGACAUGAGGAAGGAGUUACAAAGAUGGUUCAAGUUGUUCAAAGACUUGCGAUCAGGCUAUUUUACCAAGUGUAGUCCAUUCUUAGACUGGCUGGUCCAUUACAAGGACGUGGAAAAAUGCAUGACCGCAAUUUGUGACGUCAUUGUUAACAUUUGCAACGGGAUGAAAGCGUGGGUCAGGAGAGACGAAAUGUAUCCACGUGACCUCCACAACGCGGCAAAUGUGGAGUCACACCUGCGCGCAAAUGCGCAGAAGAAACUCAACAAACACCAGCAUCACAAAGCAACUCUUUCAAAUGAACUACAGCGAAAAACUAGGGAACAUGAAACAAUUCACAAAGAGUAUAAUAUUUUGAGAGCAAGGCGAAAGAGAUUUUGGAGUAGUUUAGAGACUGUUGAAUACAAACAAGAACGUAUCCAGGCGACAGCGGACGGGAAGGACUUAGAACUUGAGAAACUCGAGCGCCAGUAUGAUAGGAUGAACGAACGGGUAAAACCUGGGAAGUAUAAUGAUGAAUGGGCGAUAAAACUGUUUAAAAAGACAAAAAGUGAGCUAACUGAUGUUCAGCACGAUUCAGAUAAGUUACAUGAAGAGUUAAAGGCCUGUGAGCGCCAGAUUGACCGUAUCAGAAAUGACCAAAGGGGUCACGAAGAUGCCAUUUAUGAGACGAAGAUUGAACUUAAGGAAGCGGAGGUGGGUAAAAAGGAUGCAGGGGAGAGGCUGGCGAUGUUUGAUCUGGAAACGGAGCGCCUUCAAGAAGAGAUUACAAGGGCCAGUAAAAGGUUCGAAGAGAUUCAGCGACUCAGAGAUUACAAACUUCUACCAGAUAGCCUAAGACGGAUUUAUUUCACGCAGAAAGUUUUGCCAGAGGAAGAACAGGCCAAGCCGUUAGAUAAAGCCCUGGACAUGGUGAGCAAAUACAUCGGUGAGGACUGGAAGAGGCUCUACGUUACGCUACCAUUCCAAAACAAGCGCGAGAAAGAACGGAAAGAGAGAGAUGUGGAGACACUCGAUAUUAUCAGCCCAAGGUUUGACCUGACCCUAGAAGACCGAGCGAAGCGUAGCCUGGAGAAGUGGAAGCUGAUGUACAGGAAGGCAACAGUAAGGGACCUGGUCAAGUCCCUAAAACGGAUAGAGAAAAGUGACCUCGCAGAAAGCGUUGAAGAAGCAUGCAUGUGAUAAAUAAGCCCCAGUUUCGAUAGGCUCUAAACUAUGGAGAAAUUGAGAAAAUCAAACUUGCAGUAAGCAUCGAAAAUCCUGUAAAUACAUGAUAUUCUAUCAUGAAAAUAUGAUAGUUCCCUAUUGUAUAGGUCUCUCUACAAUGGGACGUAUUUGUGCUGGUUGUGAGGAAGGGGAAGUACAUUUUUCGCCGAAUAGCGCAAAGGUACCACUACGGUUAUUUGACGUGAAGGUAUCAUGAUUCUCCUCACGGAGUUAUGCGUUAAUAGUAGUCUGAACCUGGUCCUGUAAUUGAAUUAAACGAAAGGGGAAAGAAAUGACCUGGCCGAAAGAGUAGUCAAAGAAUUAGUCUUCCGAGCAGUCUCUCACAAGGGCUGCAAAGAGUGCAGAGGCAAGCCAUGGGAAUCGUGACAAGAGUAGCAAAUCCCACGCCAAUCAAUCCUAUUUAAUAUUGGCUCGGAGUCAGUCUGUACAAAGCAGACGAUCUUUGCAGCACUAGCUCUCAAAAAGCACAGCAACAACCAGCACUCACUCCUCAAUGAACAUCAGAGAACGAAGUUAAUUCUCUUCAUCAUAGAUUGUUCAAGCCCGCGAACUGAUCGCGGAAAACACCCAAGUUGAGAAUAUCCAGAACAUUGAAUGUACAAGGGCUACAGACAUCGUCAAGCAAACAGACGUCGCUGAUGGAAGGUUUUGAUUGCAUCAACCACCCAAUCCGAUAUAUAUGGAGAAGCUGGACGAGAAAGCACCGACAAUCAAAGUCGCAACUCAGUCUGAUGGAUCCCUGAGAGACAACACCACAGGUUGGACACAAGAGGACAUGACAGUAGGAGCGUCAACCAAGACAAGAUGGGAAUUGUUUCACUGAACAUGCUGCAGAGGAUACUGGAGGGAGGGGAGAAGCACAUGGCAGAGCCACCACCCCUCUGACGUCACAACAGCAACAGAUCGGACACUGACUGGGAAGAUGGCAAGACAGAUAGUGACGUCGAAGAAGCUUGCAUGGAAUAUCAUAUCAUGAGUAAUAUUCAAUUUGGUUUGGGAUAUUUAUUGAUUUAAAAUUAUACGAUGACCAUCAACCAAAAUUUUGAAACCCCUUAAGAGCCAUCUAGUGUCGAGGAAGGGAACUGAACUUUCCUUGACUUUGGCCAUCCCUGUCUGCAAAGCAAAGAGGAAAAUCACCCUGCUUGCCACCAUGGGCCGCCACUUGUGGUAUCACAGUAAUGCUGAUAUCUAUAGUAAUGAUUUUCGCCAGUGCGGCGAGGCAGUUUUGGACAUGACUUUUAGGCAGGUCGAUUGUUUUUAACUCGUUCUAGAACAUUGGGUGAUUUCAAAGUCAGUUUUAAGAGUAAGUGUUAAGAGAAAACAAAGUAUUAGCAGGGAUGUAUCUACAACUGCAGAGGGGCUAGGUGCUCUUGUCCAAAAAAGUUUUGGAUGAAUAAAUCUCGGCAUUUGAGUCGGAGAGUAAUGUGUCUGGAAGAGGCUUCGCCAGAAGAAAAGCCCUGCCUACAGGCCUGACAAGGUUACAUCAGAAAGUCGGAAAUCACCUUGGAUAUACAUAACCUGCGUGCAUCAACGGAAUGACAUAGGCCUACCAAUAAAUAAGACUGAGACGCAGAAGAUCGUCAGUGCUGCAUAUCAUUUUGGCGGGAAACACGGCCGAGCUUUCAUACAGUCAACAAAUUCAAAUACCAGCAGUAUAUCAUAUUCUCUCCACCAAAUACAGUAUAUACAUCAUUGUGAAGAAGAUUUCAUAAUAAAUACAAACAUGAGACAACCCCAUAAUUUAUUAUUGACGACAGGCCGCAUCUCUGCACGAGCGCGCCAAACAGUAAGCACGUGGAGCUUCCUUAGUUAUGUAAAUGGCCGCGGAGCGCACUGAUCGCCCGCUACGCAAGUAGGCCGUUCGUUUGUGUUUCUCUUUGGCGACCUCGUCCGCCGAUUUGUGUGACUGUUAUUUGUGUACCGUUGUGAUAGUAUAUUGGUCCUGGGAGCGAGAAUGACUAUCUUGGUGUCAAACGACCACGUGGCGUUCAGCAUGUUAUUCCAACAUCGGCACAAUUAAGAGUAGACACGGGAAUGAUUUGGCGGUAAAAUCGGGAUAGUUUCAUAUGAUAGGGGGAUUGAGGGCAAGGCGGACGCAAGGGGCAUGGACGGGGCAUCUUUGUGGGUUUAAAAGGCAGACAGGCCUUUGGAACAGAUUAGGGCAGAACGGCGCAUCGCUUUAGGGGCACGGCGGGCCGCCCUUCCAAAUCGUUCUAGAUAUAUCCUUGGUGCGUUUAAAUAUGAUAGCAGGAUUAAUAGCCAUAGAUUAACACUGAGAUUAACACUAAAUCUCAGUGUCAAAACCAAAACCAACUUUGAAAUCACCCAGUGUUUGUGCAGUUAAUUGGGUUUUUUUUAAUUAUCUGUGCAGAGAAGUCAAGGUCCUCCUGCAAGUCAGUUUUGUAUGAAAAAAACAACAUAUAUGCCCAAGUUGUCCUCUUAAUGCAACAGCUAUUGCAAGUGAUCAUUAAUGUGUUUUCACAACGAUCUAAUCCGCGUACGGGACAAGUCAGCCCUCUUUACGUUUCACAGAUUAAUGUGUUUUUAAUGUGGCUUCGUGUUUAUAAGUGGCUUUCCAAGAACUUUUAAAAUGACAGUAUUGUAUUUUGCAUGUUGUAUUUCAUCAAAGUUUUGAUUUAUUUGAAUUCAGUUUUAAAAAUAAAGGAUUAGAAAAUUGA